UUUCAGAGAUGAAUAGAAUGGAUUCCCUUUCGUUCUUCUAGCGGGGAAUGAUUUUUAACUUUGAAUUUCGGUGACAACGCUUUCAGAGCCUUGCAACUAUGGCUGAUGGCGCCGAUUCGGGGAUUUUCGGAUGUUUAAUUGCGACCAUGCUUCGAUGACCAGCGCCGAGGAGAUUUCACGAUGUAACGAGACAAAAAUAUAAUGCAUUUUCCGAGCUGCUUUCAUUGUUAGAAAAUAAAAAGAAUCAAGCGGGAGAAAACCCGAACACCGUUCUCUUCUUCCCAGUACACUGCAGAAUCAGGACUACGAAACGCGGCAAUGACUCAACUCCCGGACAAACAAACGGCCCUUACCUUUGGAAGUGAUGGAAACUUGCGGGUCUCUCACGAAGCCCAGGUGGCCACACUCAAGCCAGACAUGAUUAUUGUUAAAACAGCAGUGGUAUCGGUGAAUCCUGUCGACACCAAGAUGGAAGCUGGGUUUUCAAAACCUGGCCUGAUCGGAGGGUGUGACUUUGCCGGUGUUGUUGUGGCAGUGGGCUCAGGGGUAAAACGAGAUGUCAAAGUUGGUGACCGAGUUAGCGGCGCAGUGAUGGGAUCUGAUCCACUGGACCCUUCGUCUGGAGCUUUUGCAACUUAUGUCAGUGCCCCGGCGGACAUCACUCUGACUCUUCCCGAAAAUGUUCCCUGGUCUGUCGGUGGAGCGAUGUCCACUAUCUGGUUCACUGCUGGCCAAGCCUUGUUCCAAAAUCUCCUGGCAGAACUAGAUGUCUGGCCAAUACUACGCCCGGCAAAGGAACCCAAAACUGUUCUUGUUUACGGCGGAAGUACUUCAGUAGGGACAACGGCGAUUCAACUUCUCAAACUCGCGGGCCUCCGCCCCAUAACAACUUGUUCUCCCAAAAACUAUGAGCUAGUUAAGAGCUACGGAGCGGAAGAAGUCUUCGAUUAUCGCUCCCCAACCUGUGCUGAAGACAUCAAAAAGGCAACCAGAAACAACUUGAAAUAUGCGCUCGACUGCAUCUCGACGAAGGGUUCGAUUGAUAUCUGCUAUGGUGCCAUUGGCCGUGCUGGCGGUCACUACACCUCGUUAGAUCCUUUCUGGGAGUCAACAGCACAUACUAGGAAGGCCAUCAAGGCUACCUGGAUUGUGGGCAUAUCAAUGCUGGGUAAAGACAUUGCCUGGCCACCACCUUAUGAACGGCCAGGCAGCGAGGAAACAAGGGCGUUCGGCGGGAAACUGGCUCAAAUCCUCCAGCAAAUACUCGAUGAGAAAAAGAUGAAGCCGCAUCCGCUUAGAAUCAAGGAACAGGCAACAUGGGAUAACGUCCUCGAGGGGCUGGACGAGGUGAAAUCAGGAAGAGUAUCAGGGGAGAAGCUUGUUUUCGUUUUCUGAGCUGUUACUUCACGAUGUAGUAUAAUCUUGCAACCCUAUCCGAAUACAGCGCUCAAGGAACUUGUGAAUUUCUCGAGCUAACCAAUCUUAGACAAUAUCGUGCUCAUGUCCUCUGUCAAUGGAGUUCCAUCUUCGUAGCCAGCACAGGGAUAUCCUAGCUUGUUGGCGAUGUGACUCCCAGGACCGGCGUGUCGGCCAUUCCUAGCUAUAGAAAUUGGAAAUCAUUUGCGCAGGUAAGGUAUCAUGACACGAUCAGCAACUAAUCUCACCGAGAAUUCUAGACAGUCAUGUCUUUUUUUUAACCCGAUGCGAAUGCUAGU